GGUAGGCCGCGGCAGGAAUCGAGUGCAGUAGUCGGGGGCAGACAGAUGUGAGUCGGAGUGGUGUGCGGGGGCUCCCGAAGACGUCGAGGUGCCGGCCGUGUCGGAGUUGAGAUAACAGAAAUCAAGACUAGUAUGGAAGAUUCUGAUGGGGACCUUUCCAAUCAGAGAGAAGCCAUCCUGUCUGAAUCAUAUCCUAAUCAGAUCACUACAAAGAAUCUGGUACAAGAUCUGAGAACCUUGGUGGCUUUAACUGACCCAGAGGAUGGAAUACUGGUUCAAACUCCAGAUGGCUUUAAACUCCCCAGAGAGCUGGAAAACAUAAUUGGCUGUAGUAGGGCCUAAGCCAAGUUAGCAAAACCAAGUAACUACCCCAAGAUGGGAGACGAAGGUGCAGGUGAACCCUUUGUGGGUAUAGUGGCUGGCGGGGCCACCGACUAUGAGGGCGUUCUUCCCUCAGACACAAUUUCUCUGAGUGAUUCCGAUUCCGAUGACUUUGGGUUUCCAGGUGAUGCUGAAGUCGAUACAAUAUCUCCUGAGGAACCCCUUUCCUCAGAUGAUGUGGUCAGUGGAUCAGGUGAAAGUGGCGACCCUCUGCGCAGCAACAGAAAAUCACAGGUCCAGCCGUUCCACCUGAAAGGCAUGAGCUCCAGCUUUUCACAACGCAGCCAGAGCAUUUUUGACUGUCUGGAAGGGGCAGCCAAACAGGCAGUGCCCUCAAUGGCUGAAGAUAAGGUAAUCGACGGAAGGUUUAAGCGCCCUCUGCCUCCUCCCAGCAUUUCAAACAAGGUACCUGCAGAAAGCCUGGGAAGACAAAGUAGGCCGCCUCCAUCACAUAAAAGCUCCCCUGCAGUUCCUGACUAUGUGGUACAUCCAGAACGCUGGACCAAGUACAGCUUGGAAGAUGUGUCAGAGUCUAGUGAUAAGACCAACAGGUCAGUUGCCAUGGAGUUCCUGGAGGGCUUGAAGAAGAGUAGGGGGGAACAAAGCGCCACCUGCCCUGAAGGCUAUACCCCGUCUUUCAACCAAGAUUCCUCCAGCUCUGGUUCUGGAAGGAUUGUCUUCACCAAACCCACAAAGACAGGUUUAGAUAGGUCGGAAAGGAAAAGGGCAGCUGCAAAGGAGGAUGAAGAGGCCGAGCUUUUCGAUGUAAACCAGGAGCUCAAAGGGAAAUUUCCAAAUAAGUCUGACACUCAGAAUGAGAAGGAGAAGGUUGUACGAGACCCCUCAGAGAGUGGCGUAAAGGGAUUGGAGGAUGAGAAACAACUGAAACUGGAGGAGCUGGGUGUCCAAAGAGGUGUCGAGGCAGAUUCUUCGGAGGCACAUGAAGAGAGAACGGUGGUGACCGUGGGGUUCCAUGGUAGCAAGAAAAGGAACAGGAAGCAUUUCCGACCCAAAGUCAGCCAUGAUGAAGGGGAGGAAGAGUCCUAAAAGCUGGAGGAAUUAUUAUCGUGUCUUCCCAAAGGUGUUUUCCUGAAAAUCUUUUCUUCAUUGUUUGCAUGGGUUUUGCCAACUUGCUUGUUUUGUUUUGUGUACUUGGAGCUGUGACUUAACAUAUCUAGCAACGUCCCACUUAAUCCAUCUUUCUGUGUUUUAGAAUCGAAACUAGAUCUUUGUUAGUUAGUUUGAGGUGGUCUAGAAAUGCCUACUGAGAUUCUGCCUGUCAGAAAAGGUCCAUUUUUUUCUGUUGUGGAACAAAUCAUAAGACUGUACUCAGUUCAGAUUUUAUGAGCUGCUGCUUUGCUCACCCGUUUUUUGAUGGGUGUCCUAUCACUGAAUAUCCUAGAGAAUCUACAUAGACCCAUCAUUAACAAAAUAUGUGGUGUGGAUGAGGUCCAAGAUGUAUUGGUGUAUAUAUGCUUGAUUGGCACCAUGUAAAAAAAAAAAAGUUUAAGCUAUACCUUUCCACAAUGCCAGUGUAAAUAAACACGCAGUAAAGGCAACAUGAAUGGUACUUAGCCAAAUGCCAUGUUAUAAAGAAACAACAAGUCGUUAAUGUCAUAGAAGUGAGGCUUGGAGAAGUGUAGGGAAAUGCAUCUUAGAGCUAAAAGCACAUUGCCAACAAGUCCAAGACUCGAAUUCAUUGGCUAAUGAAAAAUGGAGAAAGGCCUCAGCCCUGAAUCAGCACAAACUCUUCCCUUUCAACAGUGACGCUUCCACCUGCCUAUCCGAGAGUUGCUCCCUAAAGUACAUUGAUUUCAUGUCAGCUUCACCAGAUUUUGUUUGGAAUUUAAGGGACUUAAGAAGAUGGACUUUUAACAAAUCUCCCAUAAGAUCCUUUUCAUAGUUCUCUGUGUCAAUAAAACUUUGAAUUGCUA